AUGGCUCGAGAAUUUGAGGCACUCGCCCUCAAUGGCCACAACUACCCUACUUGGGCCAUGGACACGAAGAUCGCUCUUGCAUCUCGUGGGAUAGUGCGUGCAAUCCAGGCUGAGCAGGAUCCACUGCCCGCUGGAGUCACGCCACUAACAGAUGAACAGAAGUAUACCGCCUUAUACAUUAUAAGGCACCAUAUUCACCCAGAUCUCAAGUCUGAGUACUUGGAGGAGGAAUCCCCUAGUACCCCGUUUCGAGCCCUCAAAACAAGGUAUGAACAAUGCAGAAGGCGGUUGUCCCCGCUGAAGCACUCCAUGAUUGGACUCACCUCCGUCUUCAGGACUUCAAGUCCAUCGGAGAGUACAAUCACGAGGCUACUAGCUAAGAAUGGCUCUCAGCGCCCGGUUGGUUCCCAACCUCUACCUGAAGUUCAUAUGAAUGUCGCGAACGGACGAAAGUUUGAAGGUGGCUUCAAAGGAAAGCCCUUGAACUUCAAUGGUAAGCGAAAGCGCAACCGGAACAGGAAGCCCAAAAACUCAGACCGUGGGAAAGGCACCGCAAAGUCCAGGUUUGACAAAUCUAAGAUUUGCGACAAGUGUGGAUGCUACACGCACCCCACUGACAAGUGCAAGACCCCAAGGCAUCUGGCCAUUCUGUACCAGCAAUCCCAUGGACGCAACGCACCUCGAGGGAAAAGGUUUGAAGCCAACUUCAACCUUCAUCCAGAUGGCACCGAUGGAGCUGGGUGUUCGCAAGACGUUCCCUCGGAACCGAGCAACGCCGUUACUCUCCUUCCAUCAGAGGACCCUACAGGAACGGAGGACAUGAUGGUUGAGUACGCCUCAACCGACGUGUUUGGAGACUUCGACUAG